AUGGGCAUCCUUGCGCCGGCCAUGGUGACGGCGAAGCGGCGCGCUCUGUUGACUGAGGUCUUCGCUCACAAGUUGUGGCUCUGGUUUCUUCUUUCGAAUUAGAAAAGGCUUCUUAGCUGAAGCUGAUGCUGAAGCUGGUUCCGGCUGCCAAACGCAAGAAGCUCUUCUAGUUCCAACACUAACCACUAAGGAAGUGCAGCAGUAACUGAGGUAGUACUACUUGUGCUACUACUAAAAACUACUAGUAGUAGUAGUUACUACUACUUCGAGUAGUAGUAGUUCUAGUUGUAGUCGUUGUCGUAGUGGUAGUCGUAGUACUAGUAAUAGUUGUAGUUCUAAGAUGGUGUGUAAGUGUAGUAGGCACUAUUAGUACUACGGCUCACUCUGGAUCUGGUCGAACAGGAACUCGCCUACACCUAGGCCCACUCAUGAUCUAUUUUAGUUUCUACUUGUUGUUGUUGUUGUUCACGGUCUUGCACUAGUCGCAGUGCUUGCUCUUAAGGUGAGAAUAAUCUUAAGGACAAAGACACUAGCCUAGAGGUUGAGUCUGAGCUACUUAAGCUAGUACUUCUAGCACUAGAAGUAGAACUACAGUCAGCCGGUCCUUGUCCUUCUCCUUCUUGUUCAUGUUCUAGCACUAGCUCUACGUCUAUUUCUAUUCCUAGUCUCUAAUUCUAUCUCUAUCUCUAACUCCGACGAUAGUCUAGACGUAGACUCUAACUCAAACUCUAACUCUAAAAACGCUUUACCUUUACGCUUAGGCUUCUGUUUAUCCUAGAGCUAGACCUAGUCUAAAUCUUAAUUCUUAAUCAUAAUCAUAAUCUAAAUCAAAGUCUUAAUCUUUAUCAUUAUCUAUAUAUACAUUUAGAUUUAAAAUCUAAAUGUAUAUGUAUAAUUGUAUAUCUAGUACUAGUAGAAGUAGCAAUUGUAUUUGUAGUAUGAUUAUGUUUAUGAGUAUGAGCAUCUUUAUGUUUAUCUUAGUCUAAAUCUAACCGUUGUCGAAAUCUUUAUCGAUAUCGUAUACGGAUUUAGAUUUUGAAUUUGAUAUUGAUUUAGAUUUUAUUUUAACUUUUUUUUUAAAUUUAAGAUUAAGGUAAACGUAAAGUUUCUAUUCAAGAUUGAUCAGUAUUAGUCUAUUAGAAAUAGAAUCACUGGCACUGGCACAAGUACUAAUACAAAUACUCUUACGCUCAGUCUAACUGUAACUGUAACCCUAACCCAUAAGGGUAAGGACUCCGCCUCCUCCUUUCGCCUCUAACUAACGGAUGGGCCUUGCCGGAUGUAACUAAUCAGCAGAAUAGUGACGCGUUUGAUGAGUUGUACCGUUACAUCGAAGCAACGGAGGGAGACCGCUUUCACGCGUUCGCGUCAGAUUCCGACAACUUCGCCUGAGGCAGAAGCAUAUCGGGAGUUUUACUAGCGGUUACUCGUUAUCUGGCAUGGGCAUGUGGGUGUCUAAGAUAUCUUCGGGCUCGGUGGGUUGGGAUGAC